GCUAGGAUUGGUUGGAAUUCGAUUACAUAAGCCAACGAGCCAUAUCUUCACAAUUCAGUAUUUAAUGAAAGACAACGCUACUCAGGCUUCUACAUCGAAAUGGAUAAGGUGGUCAUCUACAAGAUAAGUUGCAACGACUGUGACAAACAUUACAUUGGUCAAAGUGGACGCCCUCUUCGUCUUCGCAUUCACGAACACAAACUAGCUGUCAAAAGACACGACAUACACUACCUCAUAUCACUACAUGCAGACAACCACGGGCACCAAUUCGACUGGGACAAUGUUCAAAUCUUAGACAAAGGGAACUGCAAAAAUGCCAGAGAAUUCCUAGAGGCCUGGUAUUCAAAUGAAUCAGCAAUCAAUCGACACAUAGAGAUUGACAAAAUAUACCAAUCGAUACGAAGAAAUUCACACAAAAACGAAGUCAAACUUCAGGUCAAGGAAACAGUCAACACCAAAACAAGUGAACUAGAAAGUGAGAAGUCACACAAAAACAACCAAUCACGUUCAAGGUUAGCAGAAGGAAUGACUAACGACAUUCAGACCAAAGAAGCAGCCAGCACCGAGACAAGCAAACUAGGGGGUGAAAUGUCACACGAAAACAACCAAUCACGUUCAAGGUUACCAGAAGAGAUGACUAAUAAACUCAUAGAGAAUUCUAAAAGCCCACUUCACAUCGAAGUAUGCGCUGAAGAUGUUGCUCAGUAGAGCAAUGAAAGCUUCGCAACCAAACCAUCCAGCUCAGAGAACACAACCACACCAAAAUCAUCCACCUAAGCUACAAAUCUUCUCUAUUAUAUCUAAGGUGGUUUAAAAAAUAAAAUAACUGAACUGAUCUAUGCGAAUUCUGAUCAAGAUUUAACCAGAUAGUUUCAGAAACACUAGGAGCCGAGUGGAAAGUAGAUAUAUGUAGAAACUAUAUACUUGUUUAAAUUUCAGAGAAAUAGAAAUAAACAACUCCAACGUUUCUUCCAGCAAACUGCUCCUAACUUCUUCAACAACUCAGAAAUGACUGGAUAGCAAUUCUAGUGACAAGAUGUGUCCUUUUAUAUACACCUUUAGUAUUUUAAUUUGAUUAUUUCCCUGUAGAAGUUCGAACUGAUUUGACAAACGAAACAUUGACGUUGAUAUGUAUCAUCGAAAUAUUCGUAAAAGAAGUUGAAAAUUAAACUGUUCAUCGUACACUUCUAACGAAUCAGUACCUAUAGUAGAAAGUCUGUAAACCCAACCAAAUGAAUAUGCCUUUUCCCCUUCUGUGAUCAUGAGGUCAUUUGCAGUUAUUCAGCUAUUGACUAAUCUUCAUGACCCGCUUUCACUUGUAGUUAUUAUUGAUUCUAUCUGAUAAAUGCAGAAAGUAUGAUCAUAAGGCUGCCCAUUUCGAAGGACGUGAAAUUACCGAUAAAUUGCAUGAAGCGUAAAUUGUUUAAAACGAAGUAGUCUGUCUGUCUAUUUUUGACA